UGUGAGGUUUGUAAAUGGCUUCAGCAAACCAUUCAAGAUUCAAGACUGAUUUCUGUCCGUCAGAAAGCAACAAGCCACGGAAAAACAGACAAUGAUUUCAGUUUUCCGCUCUUAUAUACAUGACGCUCCGGUAUGGCAUAGUGAUGCAGAAAAAUGAAACCAGAUGCUGAAUCAGAAUAUGGAACAGCCACGGCUGAAAAGGCAGUUUGCGUUGGCUCCUUUACAGCUGUUAAGGCACUUUGGGAAGUCAGAAUUGAAAAAAUAAAGGAAGACCUUCGAAAAGAAAAAGAAUUCAGGCAGAGGACUGCAGGGAGAUUGACACUUGUUUGGGAAGAAAGGGCCAGUUUGGCCAAGCUUCAGGAAAAAGUAAGCACUGAAGAUGGAAAGGCUGUUCUAAGGAUUGAACAGGAAGAAUGGAAGACUCUACCUUCUUGCUUACUGAAACUGAACCACCUCCAGGAAUGGCAACUUCACAGAACUGGUUUGGUAAAAAUCCCUCAAUUCAUUGGUCGCUUUCAAAACCUCAUUGUUCUAGAUCUGUCUCGAAAUUCCAUUGCAGAAAUUCCUAGGGAGAUCGGUCAGUUGCCAAAUCUACAAGAGUUGAUCCUCAGUUACAAUAAAAUUAAAUCUGUUCCUAAAGAGCUAAGCAAUUGUGUCAGCUUAGAAAGACUGGAGCUGGCAGUGAAUCGAGACAUCUGUGACCUUCCCCAUCAGCUCAGUGAAAUGAAGAAGCUUUAUCACCUGGAUCUGAGCAUGAACCAGUUUACUGCCUUCCCAUCAGUCAUCCUGGAUAUGCCAAGCCUGGAAUGGUUAGACAUGGGGAGUAACAAACUUAAGGAAAUCCCUGGCAAUCUUGAUAGAGCAGAAAACCUGCACACUUUGUGGCUCCAAAGAAAUGAAAUCGCUUUCUUACCAGAAUCCAUUUGUAACCUAAAAAAUCUGAGCACCCUUGUCCUCACCAACAACAAACUCCAGGAUAUUCCUGCUUGCAUGAAGGACAUGACAGACCUAAGAUUUGUCAACUUCAGAGACAACCCACUGAAGCUGCAGGUAACACUUCCCCCUUGUGAGAAUACUGAAGAGGAAGAGGAACGAGAACUGUAUGGAAUUCAAUUCAUGCACGCAUACAUUCAGGAGUCACUCAGCAGAAAAGAAAACAUGGAAAGUGAUAUCCUAGCUGAUGCCUCGGCUGACAAAUGAAAAAAAUAAAUCCAUGCCAAUCUGGGUUUUCACUGUUACUGGAAGAGGUGGGGAACCUGUACUCCUUCAUAGGGUGUUAGACUCCAACUUCCAUCAGUCCCAGCCAAUGGUCAAGAACAAUGGAUGCUGCAGUCCAACAACAGGUUUCCCCAACCUAGUAUCUUCACCAACACUGAAAAUCUGUACAAUUUGUACCUGUUGCAGCACCACAUACAUGCUUUCCAAUGCCUAUCACAGGUAGCUUCUCCUUCCCGAGAACAGGUACCUUAUCUGAAAAAUACAAAGAAUCCAAGAAUUACUACUUCCAGCCUGCAUCUU